AUGCCCUUCGGGCAGCUAGUCCUUGGGAGCCCCGGCUCGGGGAAGAGCACGUUUUGCGAUGGCAUGCAUCAGUUCAUGGGCGCAAUCGGGCGGCAAUGCUCGGUAGUGAACCUCGACCCGGCCAACGACCAGACAAACUACCCCUGCGCGCUGGACAUAAGAAAGCUCGUCACCCUGGAAGAAAUCAUGGCAGACGAUCGCCUGGGCCCAAACGGAGCCGUUCUCUAUGCCCUCGAGGAGCUGGAGCAGAACAUGGAAUGGCUGGAGGAGGGGUUGAAGGAGCUUGGCGAUGACUAUAUCCUGUUCGACUGCCCGGGUCAGGUCGAGCUCUAUACCCAUCAUAACUCGCUGCGGAACAUUUUCUACCGAUUGCAGAAGCUUGGCUACAGGCUAGUAGCGGUGCAUUUGUCCGACUGCUUCUGCCUGACCCAGCCUUCCCUCUACAUCUCCAACAUCCUGCUCGCCUUGCGCGCGAUGCUCCAGAUGGACCUCCCUCACAUCAACGUGUUGACCAAGAUCGACAAGAUCGCGUCAUACGAUCCGCUCCCCUUCAACCUCGACUAUUACACUGACGUGGAUGAACUCUCGCACCUGCUGCCCGCACUGGAAGAAGAGUCCCCGGCCCUCCGCAGCGAGAAAUUCGGCAGACUAAACCAAGCCAUCACCGAUGUUAUCGAGCGAUUCGGCCUCGUGAGGUUCGAGGUACUGGCCGUCGAGAAUAAGAAGAGCAUGAUGCACCUCUUGCGCGUGAUCGAUAGAGCAGGAGGCUAUGUCUUUGGCAGCGCCGAGGGUUCUAAUGAUACGAUCUGGCAGGUUGCGAUGCGUAACGAGUCGUCACUCCUGGAGGGCGGGGAUAUGCAGGAUCGCUGGAUUGAUAACAAGGAGGCGUACGAUGAGGCGGAACGGCAGGAGGAGGAGGAACAGGCUCGCCUCCGCGCGCAACAGGGGGAUUCCCUUGCUGAUGGUCAAGAUGACUUUGGCGAGAUGCCGCCUCCACGGCCAGAUAGUGGCAUAACAGUGGCGCGGAAAAAGAAGUGA